AUGAAAGCCAUUUCCCUCGCCGCCGUUCUCGCUUUUGCGCUCUCGGCCUCUGCCGCCAUUAACGACCCUUGCUCGGUCAACGGCACACCUGGUAUCUGUCUCACCACCACCAGCUGCACAAACCAGGGCGGUCAGCACGCCGUUGGUUUCUGUCCAAAGGAUCCUGCGAACGUUCGAUGCUGCACCAAGAAGUGUGGACAGGGUGGCACCUGUCGCUUCGAGAACACGUGUCGCACUGGCCUCACCGCCGUAGGUCUUUGCCCGGGCCCCGCCAACUUCAAGUGCUGUUUCCCCAAGGUGGAUCGAUGCGGAGACAGGACCGGCGGCACUGGCUGCUAG